CCAGGGGUUGUCCCUGACAGGUUGUAGACGUUGUCUACAAUGCUCAAGAUCACAGGAUAAGUGAUACCUUUGACCCUCAACUGUUAGUCAACCCUAUAGCUCAGUGCUCGUGCGGUGGCCCUGGCGACCAAAUCCAGCAGCUUGAUAGGCUGGAAUCACAUGACUCUGUUAAUCGCGAGUGUAUUUCCGCGUCCACAAGGGGACUUUAGCUCUCUCUCCAGCGGCUUUGAAUAAAAUCCUGAAUAGGAGGAGGUAUUUUUUGCAUCCUUCGCGCUGUCGUCGAAACGUGUCGCCGAGCUGGGGGGAAAUUCGGGAAAGGGGAGCCGCGCUGGAGCACCGCACAGCACCGACACACGACGCGGCACAAACAUGCUCACUCGGGUUAAAUCUGCGGUGGCCAAUUUCAUGGGAGGCGUUGUGGCUGGUGGCGCCGAAGGUGACUAUUCCGGAUCAGAACUGCCGCUGAAAUUCCCAUACACGAGACCCGAGUUCCUAGGACUGACCCAGGAUGAAAUCGAGUGCUCCGCAGAUCACAUAGGACGGCCGAUUCUCAUCCCCAAAGAGACGAAGAGAUUGCCGUGGGCCACUGGUUACGCAGAGGUGAUCAACGCAGGUAAGAGUUCCCUGAAUGAGGACCAGGCGUGUUGUGAGGUGGUGGUGGUGAGAAAGAGACCAGGAGACUCCACCACCCCCAUUAAGACCCCCACCGCCAAGAGAAGAUCCUCGCUGCCCAACGGAGAAGGCCUGGGGUUGAAGGAGAACAGUGCUGACUCAGAGAGUCUGGUAUUCUACUACUGGGCAUUGUUCGACGGCCACGCCGGCUCCGGGGCUGCAGUAGCAGCCUCCAAGCUCCUCCAACACCACAUCGUCGAGCAUCUCCAGUCUGUCCUCGAGGUCCUAAGGAACCAUGCCGUUUUACCACCCACCAUCUUCGGUGAGGAGUCUAACCACCAAAUGACCCCAGGGAUCCACCGGGCCACCCUGAUUCGGGCCGCGUCACUCCGUGGAGCCGCUGGCGCCCCCAGCUCCCCCUGCACCCCUCCACCACAGAGGUUCUUCACAGAGAAGAAGAUCCAGCACGAUAGCCUGGUGAUGGGAGCCAUGGAGAACGCCUUCAAGGAAAUGGAUGCCCAGAUAGAGAGGGAGAAGCAGGUGUAUAACAUCACUGGAGGAUGCACAGCACUGUGUGUUGUUUAUCUGCUUGGAAAGCUAUAUGUGGGAAACGCAGGAGACAGCAGGGCGAUCAUUAUAAGGGACGGGAAGGUCAUACCCAUGUCCACAGAGUUCACUCCAGAGUCAGAGAGACAACGGCUACAGUUCCUGGGCUUCAUGCAGCCUCACCUAUUGGGUGGAGAGUUCACCCAUCUGGAGUUCCCCAGGAGAGUACAGAGGAAGGAGGUGGGCAAGAGGAUGCUCUACAGAGACUUCACAAUGAAUGGAUGGGCAUAUAAAACCAUAGAAGAUGAGGACCUGAGGUUCCCACUAGUCUACGGCGAAGGGAAAAAGGCCAGAGUAAUGGCCACCAUAGGCGUGACCAGAGGUCUUGGUGACCAUGAUCUUAAAGUCCAUGAUUCCAACAUCUACAUCAAGCCUUUCCUGUCCUGCUGUCCAGAGGUGACGGUGUACAACCUAAACCAAUACGAGCACGGUGCUGACGACGUCCUGGUGAUGGGAACAGAUGGCCUUUGGGACGUCCUCUCCAACAAGGAAGUCAACGAAUCAGUCUCCACCUUCUUGGCCAACUGUGACCCCGACGACUUAUACAGGUACACGAUGGCUGCUCAGGAUCUGGUGAUGAGAGCGCGGGGAGUACUGAAGGACCGAGGCUGGCGGAUCACUAAUGAACGGCUGGGAUCUGGAGACGACAUCUCCUGUUACAUCAUCCCUCUGAUGUACGGAAACCGCCAACCCUAGAACCACCUACAGGCCAUGAAUGGAGCAGACUCCCAUCUCUAUGGCAGGCUCCCUCCUCGACCAGCAGUACUGUACCCCUCUCUUUUUGACUCUCUCUCUCUCUGUGUCACCCACCUCUCAGUGCUGUACUAUAAGUGAUAAUCCUUCAAGAUGUUACAAUGUUCCCUUCUUCCCUAAACAGGUAUGAGCUUCAGAUUGUGGUAUGUGACCUAAGAUCCCAGUCAUGUGAUGCUGACCUGUGCAGCUUUGUUUCCUGCUUUGCCACAGUGUGGCUUCAGAGGAGUCACUUCCUGAAGUACAGUGUUUCUUUCAGACCUACCAAGGUUGAGUACAGACAGGUGUUUGUCCGGCAGAAAGUGGUUUUUACUAAAAGUACGUCGUUUUGUAGUAUGUAGUUUUCUAAAACAUCUCACUCGUCUCAACUGGAAAGGGAGGCUGAACUUAGUGAAGAUCACAUUGUUUGACUUGGUGUAGCCUAUGUAAUGAAGAUAAGAUUCUGUAUCCCUCACCAUAAUCUGACUGAGCAAGGUGCAAUAGUUUACUAUGGUACUGUUUGUGUAUGACUUGAUCUAGUUUUUUUUCUCAUUGGUGUAAAAAUGGCCAAAGUCAUUAAAAAAAAGUUAAGAGUUCUAUCUUAUAAUGUAUUCAUAGACCAAGACCCACGUUCUGUUACAAAUCUUAUGACGUAGCUGUAUAUUUAUUUCUGUUAGAUCAUUAUUUUAGGCUGAUAAUGUUCCAGAUGUUUAUUUGCAUGUAAUGCUGCUUGCUUUGGGAAACUGAUGGAGACAUAGUGGUUCAGACUGAACCCAAAGACAAGAGAUGUCUUUGCUGACAGAUGUUUUUGGGGUUUCAUAUAUACUCAAUGGAAUAUUAAGUAUGUUGGCCUACACCACUGCCACUUCAGUCUGUGCCAUUCCAUGCGUAUUUUACUUUUCAAUAUUGUAGGAGGAUUUAUUUAUACUGACUAAUGUAUUGUCACACUUGAUCCUUCAAUCCAGUGCCAGUAUUCCACUUAUGUCAUACUGCAUCAUUGUUUUAUUAGUUUCAUACAUACCAUGAUAAAACAUAUGAAUUGAUGUAAACACACUAUAUCAUUUCCUACAUGUUACAUUGUAUAUUUUGGUGACAUUGUCAGCUUUGAUGUAUUGUUGAUGGUGGCUGAAGUUCUGGAUGAAGUUUUCACAGAUGCCGUGCUCGAAGAUGGUUUCCUAACAUGAGAUACUAAGUUCUGGCUCUUGACUCUGCUAUCUACCCAUCAUACGAUGUGCUACAUUUAGGGCUAUUUCCAAUCAGAUCUGCCUUAACCCACGAUAACUGACAACUGCAUAGCAGUUUGUGUUUUUAUUUGGAUUAUUUGUGAGGUGUUGGAGCUGCCAAAUCAGCAAGUGACUCCCGGCAUUAUACUUAUCGCAGACAUUGCCAUUGGAUGCACGAGUCGCAUUAGUAUAAAUCCCCAUGCAGCCUUGUUGUUUCAAGCUCAAACACUGGAAUGUGUGCUGUAAUCUACACCCCAAUUAGGCUGAAAUCAAGCCUUAUCAAUUUGUUUAACGAGUUUCAAUUUGAGUGUCACUUUCUACAUAGCCUACACUUUCUCAUUCUGAACUUCUAAUGCGGGUGGGUUGUAUAGACAGGUGUGGUUUUCAUCCCCCUUGGGGAAGAGCUGCUCCAACGCAGUUACACGGCUGACAUCAUCUAAACAAAAGCAAGGAAAUUGCUAUGCGGUUGUCGGUAAUGGCAGGUUUACGCUGAAACGGAUUGAAUAGGCCUGAAAGGUCUUGCACAGUCAAAUCAUGUUCAUGAAAUGUGAUGAUAUUUGAAUGAAACCAGAUCAAAGUAGGGAAAAUGACUAUUGCUUCUACAUUGAUGAAAGUUUGAUCAUAUAGUUACUGGUCCAUUCCCCCAUUUGGAUUCAUGUUAUUAAGGGCUUUUUGUGACAUUACAAAAUCCUCUCAUUUUAAUACACCAAUUUAAAUAGGUAUCGCCUUGUAACCAAUAUCGCGGAGGGGAGUGGUUUAGGUAGCUAGUCUAGUGGUGCUACAAUUUGACUGCAGCAUGUCUGCAAAUACAAUGAGGUUUCCCCUAUUCAUCUAAGGCAAAUAUACUUUGGUUUGUACUUUCAUCUGUGUCUGGUGUUAGCUAGGAUCUGGUUGGCCCAGUCUUCAGCCAGCAUGGAACAAAAGCGGGGGAAUGGUUCCCCAAAACCCAAGUAAUUACACAUGUCAAACGGGAGAUUCAUCUAAAAUUCUUGACUAUCGUUAAUAGUCAUGCUAUAUGGACAUUGCCUGACUCCCUGGACAGUAAAAAAAUAAAUAAAAGAUACACUCAUCUAGUCCCGGGUCAGACCACCCUUUUGCCUCCAGAACAGUUUGAAUUCCUUGGGGCAUAGAUUCCACAAGGUGUCGGAAAUGUUCCACCUGGAUGUUGGUCCAUGCUGACACGACAGCACCACGCAGUUGCAGCAGAUUGGACGUCGGAACGUGUGAACAGGUUUGGUCAGUGACAAUGUUCAGAUACGCUGUGGCGUUCAAUCGUUGCUCAAUUGGUAUCAAGGAACCUAAUAUGUGCCAGGAAAACAUUCCACACACCAGUACAUCACCAGCCUGUACCGGUUGACACCAGGCAGGAUAGGUCCAUAGACCCAUUCUGCUUACGCCAACUCCUGACUCAACAGGAACUGGGAUUCCUCGGACUAGAGGAUGUUUUUUUCACUCCUCAAUUGUCCUGUGUUGGUGAAGGCGUGCCCACGGGAGCCGCCGCUUCUUGUUUGUAGCUGAUAGGAGUGGAACAUGGUGUAGGCAUCUUCUGUAAUAGCCUAUCCUUGACGAGGAUUGACGAGUUGUGCUUUCCGAGAUGCCGUUCUGCACGCUACUGUUGGACUGCGCUGUUAUUUGUCUGUUUGUGGCCAUCAUGAUACCUUGUACGAUUCUUUCCAUUCUCCUUUGACCUCUCUCAUCAACAAGCUAUUUUUGCCCACAGGAAUGCUGCUGACUGGAUAUUUUUUGUUUGCUGCAACAAUCUUGGUAAACCCUAGACACUCGUUUGUGAAAAGCUCAGUAGGGCGGCCGUU